UCCUUCUCCUAACUUGGUACUGCACAACGCUUGCUCGUUCACCCAAGACUUCACGAUCCAUCGCAAAUUUUCUUCACGAUUCUGUUAAUUUGUUGGUGAUCCAUCCACAGAUAUUUUGCUUCAGCGAUGAAGAGGUCAAGAGAAGAUGUAAACAUGGAGUCACAGCCCUAGCGCCUACUACUUCCCUCUCGAGGAGAAUCUACUGUGCAGAGCCAAAUGGUGGGAGGUGGCAGCAUACAGAAAUUAACUACGAAUGAUGCCCUAGAAUAUCUUAAAAAUGUGAAGGAUAUCUUUCGAGACAAGAAGGAAAAGUAUGAAGAUUUUCUUGAAGUUAUGAAAGAAUUCAAAUCUCAAAGAAUUGAUACCGUUGGUGUCAUAGCAAGGGUAAAGCAACUAUUUAAAGGUCAUCGUGACCUGAUUUUGGGAUUUAAUAUGUUUUUGCCUAAAGGAUAUGCAAUAACGUUUCCUCUUGAGGAUGAAACACCUCCUCAAAAGAAGAAGCCUGUUCAAUUUGAAGAAGCUAUCAACUUUGUCGGUAAGAUUAAGACACGAUUCGAAGGGGAUAACCAUGUAUACAAGUCAUUUUUAGAAAUUUUGAAUUUGUACAGGAAGGAAAACAAGUCCAUAAGUGAGGUGUACCGGGAGGUUGCUGCCCUUCUGCAUGACCACCCAGACCUUCUUGGGGAGUUUGUUCAUUUUCUGCCUGAUGCUUCAGCCACAACCUCAAAUCAUCAUGCAUCAUCUAUGAGAAAUUCUGUGCUUCGUGAUGGGAAUUCUUCCAUACCACCUAUUCAACAAGUACAUUUUGACAUGAAAGAGAGGACAAUGGCUUCACAUGACGACCAUGAUAUUGGUGUUGACCACCCUGAUUCUGACCAUGCUAGAGUUACUGUUGAUAAAGCACAAUGUCAGCACAGUGAAAAAGAAAAGGAUAGAAAAGACAACACAUAUAGUAGGGAACGGUAUAGGGACAUUGAUAAAAGAGUUAACAAGCAUGAUAACAGUAGGGACAUCAGUGUGCAAAGAUUUCCUCAUAAGAGGAAAUCUACCUUUAGAGUUGAAGAUACAGUUUCAGAGAAAUGGCAUCCAGGUGGAGAAGUGGCAGCUAUGUCUUUUAUUGAGAAGGUAAGACAGAAGUUGCAAAAUGUUGAUGUUUAUCAAGAAUUUGUGAAGUGCCUUGAUAUAUUUGACAAGGAAAUAAUCACUCGAUCAGAACUGCACUCUUUGGUGAGAGAUUUAAUUGGAAGAUAUCCAGACCUUAUGGAUGGAUUUGGUGAAUUUAUGACACUAUGUGACAAAACUGAUGGGCUUCUAGCUGGUAUCAUGAGUAAAAAAUCCUUGUGGAAUGAAUGUAGUCUACCAAGAUUGGUGAAGUUAGAGGAAAGGGAAAGAAUUCGAGAUCAUGAAAGGGAGGAAGGUUUUAAAGAUCGAGACCGUGGGAAUCGAGAAAGGGAUAGACUUGAUAAAAGUGUUGCUUUUGGCUCUAACGAUGUUGGAAGCCAUAAGAUGACUUUAUUUUCUAGCAAGGACAAAUAUCUUGCAAAGCCUAUCAAUGAACUUGACCUCUCUAAUUGUGAGCAGUGUACACCUAGUUAUCGUCUUCUACCAAAGAAUUAUCCAGUUCCCUUCGCUAGUCAGAGAACAGAAAUUGGUGAUCAAGUAUUAAAUGAUCAUUGGGUUUCUGUUACUUCAGGAAGUGAGGAUUACUCUUUUAAACACAUGCGCAAAAACCAGUAUGAAGAAAGCCUGUUUCGUUGUGAGGAUGACAGGUUUGAAUUAGAUAUGUUGUUAGAGUCUGUAAAUGUAACAUCCAAGCGUGUUGAAGAAUUAUUAGAAAGAACAAACUUGUCGGACCAUCCAAUCCAUUUUGAAGACCAUCUAACAGCAGCACUUCAUCUGAGGUGUAUUGAACGCUUGUAUGGUGAUCAUGGCCUUGAUGUGAUGGAUGUGCUAAGAAAGAACGCACCUCUUGCUCUCCCUGUUAUAUUAACUCGCUUGAAGCAAAAACAAGAAGAGUGGGCACGAUACCGAUCUGAUUUUAACAAAGUUUGGGCUGAAAUAUAUUUUAAGAAUUAUCAGAAAUCACUUGAUCAUCGCAGCUUCUAUUUCAAGCAGCAGGAUACUAAGAGCUUAAGCACAAAAGCUUUGUUAUCAGAGAUCAAAGAAAUUAGUGAAAAGAAGCAAAAGGAAGAGGAUGUACUGCUCACUAUUGCUGUCGAAAAUAAACGACCUAUAAUUCCAAAUUUGGAAUUUGACUACCCUGAUCAAGAUAUUCACGAAGAUCUCUAUCACCUCAUCAAAUAUGCCUGUAGAGAAAUCUGCACCGGGGAUCAGUCUGAUAAAGUUAUGAAGAUUUGGACAACCUUCCUGGAGCCCAUGCUUGGUAUUCCUUCACGGUCUCAGGGUGCUGAGGAUUCCAAAGAUAUCAUGAGGGAGAAGAACUGUGCGAUUAGAGGUACUGCUAUUGGUAUGGUUGAGACUAGUGGUAGUCCUAUUGGUGGCGUCGCUGAGUCCAAGCUGUCAGAUCCUCCCAGAAUUGAAGUUGAAAGCAUUCCACCUGAACAAUCAAGCCCAUGCAGGGUUUGGCCCACGAAUGGAGAUAAUUCUCUUGAAGAAGGUAGUUUUCAAAAAGCAAACCGUGUUGACUGCAAGGUUGAUGCUCUCUGUAAAUUGCAGUUAAAUAUAGCUAGGACCAAUAAAUUGCAUGGUGUUGACAAACAAGAGCAUUCUAACGAGAGGCUGGCAAUGUCAAAUGUGUUACUUAGCACUGCGCUUGAGCAAGCGAAUGGAAAAGUAAUCAUAGAAAAUGCAUCAGGGCUGCGUUCUACUCCAUCCAGAACUUGGAGUGGUAGUGUUGAUAAAGGGCUUGAAUUAGCAUCAUCACAGGGUGGUGGUUCAUCGAGGCCACUAUUGUCCAAUGGUGUGAUUGGGGAAGGCUCAGAUGCUCUGGGUGUGAAUGAAGAAUGUGAUGGACAUUUGACGAUAGAGAGAGAAGAGGGUGAAUUAUCACCAACAGGAGAUCAUGAGGAUAAUUUUUCGAAUUAUCAAGAAGCUGGUCUGGACAAAACAAAAGACAGUGUCACAGGCAGGCAAUGUUUCAGAGCUCGUGUAGAGAAAAUAUCUUGCAGGGAUGUGACAAGGGAAGCUCACGUUGAUGCUGAUGAUGAAGGCGAGGAAAGUGCUCGGCGUUCAUCAGAGGAUAGUGAAAAUGGUUCUGAGAAUUGUGAUAUUUCCGGUACUGAAUCUGUUAAUGGAGAGGACAGUACUCGUGAAGGGCAGGAAGGCAGGGGGUGCCAUGACAAUGAUAGUAAGGUUGAGAGUGAAGGUGAGGCUGAAGGGAUGGAUGAUGCCCAUAGCACUGAGGGUGAUGGAACAAUAUUACCCUUUUCAGAACGUUUUCUACUUAAUGUGAAGCCUCUUGCCAAGUACAUCCCAUUGGCAUUACACGGCGAAAAAAAUAACUCUCGGAUUUUUUAUGGAAAUGACUCCUUUUAUGUUCUAUUUAGACUUCACCGAACAUUGUAUGAGCGGAUUCAAUCAGCAAAGAUUAAUUCAUCAUCUGCGGAUAAGAAGUGGAAGGCUUCAAAUGAUACCGGCCCUAAUGAUCUCUAUUCUAGAUUUAUGAAUGCACUUUGUAGUUUACUUGAUGGCUCCUCUGAUACUAUGAAGUUCGAGGAUGACUGCCGAUCUAUUAUUGGAACCCAGUCAUAUCUUUUAUUCACUUUGGACAAGUUGAUUUUUAAACUUGUUAAACAGCUUCAAACAGUUGCUACUGAUGAGAUGGAUACCAGGAUUCUCCAAUUAUAUGCCUAUGAGAAUUCUAGAAAACUUGGAAAAUAUGUGGACACAGUUUAUCAUGAAAAUGCCCGCGUGCUUCUUCAUGACGAUAGCAUAUAUCGCAUAGAAUGUUCAUGCACUCCAGGGCAUCUAUCAAUUCAGCUAAUGGAGUUCGGCAACGAUAAGCCUGAAGUUGCGGCUGUUUCACUGGAUCCCAAUUUCUCGGAUUACCUGCAUAAUGACUUCCUCUCCAUUCUCCCUGACAAGAAAGACAAGUCUAGAAUCUACUUGAAGAGAAAUAAAUGCAAGUAUGCCUGCAGGGAUGAAACUUCUGCUGCAUGCCAGGCCAUGGAAGAACUUCAGAUUCUUAAUGGUCUGGAGUGUAAAAUCACUUGCACUUCAUCGAAGGUCUCGUACGUUUUAGACACAGAAGACUAUUUGUUUCGCAGAAAAGGCAGAAGGAGAAGUUUACAUAGAAGUGGUUCUUGGCAUCCCCACCAAUCAAGGUCUUCAAACAGUGGUUUUCGUAGAGGACAACAAUAUCAAAGAUGGCUAUCGCCGAGCUCAUGAAGCACUUCCUAUACGACCAGCGCACUAAUAUGUAGGCGAAUUCUUAUUUUAUGUUAGCACCAUAUUGGUCUCUCCUUUUCGCACUAAUGUCCCGUUGGCUCUUAUUUCUGAGUUGCGUCACUGAAGCAAAGCAAGCAAGAGAAAAUCUGAGAUGGCGUUGUGUGCAUAUCUUAGGUUUCCAACAGCAGAAGAAUACAGGCAGGCGUAAUAGAAAGAAGCUCAGGAAAUUGGCAAGACAAGCUGAUUGUGAUGUUAGCCAUUAUUUGUCUGUAACAAGACAAUUUACAACAAAUACAGUUGAGGGAAGUGAACUUGGAUCCAGGGCUGUCUGUAUUCAUAUUCACAGUUGGUACACGUGCACGUACACAUACACAAACACGUAUAGCAGUCUUAUGUGACAAAAUCUUGUAAAUAGAGGUAAUUUGUGAUGUGAAAAAGUCGAGAGAAACUACACAUACAAUUCCACAUUUCAUUCAUUCUGGUUUCUUCAAUAAAUAAGUUGUAUUUGUAUACAGGAGAUGGUUGCGUCGUGCAUCUAUUAUUAAAUUUGUUGAGGCCACUGUCAAA